GAAACAUCCUGACAGAGCAUGAGACCCUCCUGAACUGAUCCCAGUCUCUGUAGAGCCCUCCUGGACUGAUCCCGGCCUCUGUGGAGCCCUCCUGAGCUGAUCGCUCCUUCCUCUGUUCUCGUGCUUCCUCCAGGCUGAAACGAUCCCAGUCAGCAUGUUGGGAGCAGUGGUGGUUGGUGUUGGCACCGCCGGAUGGGUGAGGAUCAGAGACAUGCUGGCUCCGCUGCCCGGCUCCACUGCAGAGAGACUCUCCGUCAAGGGAUUCAUAUCCAGGAGAAACCUGGAGCCUCAGCAGGGGGUGGGCCAGAUCUCGGUGGACGAGGCUGUGAGCAGAGAAGACAUCCAGGUGGCCUUCGUCUGCACCGAGAACGCCGACCAUGAGGCCAGCGUCAGAACGUUCCUGGAGGCGGGGAAGCACGUCUGUGUGGAGUACCCCAUGACUAUGAACUACGAGGCAGCGGUGGAGCUCUGGGAUCUGGCCGAGCAGAAAGGCGUGACGCUCCACGAGGAGCACAUCGAGCUGCUGACGGAGGACUACAAGGAGCUGAAGAGACAGGUGCAGGGGAAAAACCUGCAGCAAGGCACUCUUCAUUUCACAGGCGGAGGUCUGAGACCGGGGUUCGGCUUCCUGGCCUUCAGCGGCAUCGCCCGCCUCACCUGGCUGGUGGAUCUGUUUGGCCAGCUGUCCGUGACGGCCGCCACCAUGGAGGAGGACGCCGCCAGCAACUACAGCAAGAUGACGGCUCAGCUGCAGACCUCGGACAACAAACCGCUGACGUGGAUCGAGGAGCGGCAGCCCGGCCUUCCCCGAGCCAAGAGCAUCAACUUCCAGUUCGACUCGUGCACUCUGACCCAGCUGCCCCCGGCGCCGCGGGGCGCCGUGGGCCUCUUCAUGCAGGACCUGGUCCUGUUCUCGGACAAGCUGGCGGGGCGAGUGAGUCCGGAUCAGCUCCAGACGGAGAGAGGCCGAGUCCUGCACUGCCUGGAGCUGGCCCAGAAGAUCCAGCAGGUCUGCCGGCGUUAACGCCAGGCCUCAGCAGGACGAGGUCAUCCAGCCCUGGGGAGGAGGUGUAACAGAGGCAGCUGCAGUCGAAUCGUGUAUUUAAUCACUCGCCUUAUGUUUGA